AUUCAAUUGCAUACUUAUUGGUCACAAAUACCAGUUUAUAAAAAAGAAAAAGGAAAAGAAAAAGAAAAAGAAAAAGAAAAAGGAAGAGCAACAACUGAUGAUGCAACGCAAACAGAUUCUAAUAUAGAAGUCAAUACAUCAACACCAGCAACACCUAAAUCACCAGCUGCUCAAUUAAGUAUUGAUACAAUUCAUAAUAAAGUUGAUGAACUAGAAAAAUUAAUUUUUCAAUAUUUAAAACAUUGUACUCAACAUGUUAAGAAAAUGCACGAAACUCGUAUUCAAGUAGCCAAAAUUCAAAUGGAUGAAUUUAAAGCUUUAGAAGAUUUUGAACAAAUAGCUACUCCAUCUCAAUGGAAUAUUCAUUUAAUAUUGAAACCAAAAAUGAAACUUUGGUCAACUAAAAAUAAAAAUUAUUUUGUAGCAACAAAACGUGUUGAAUAUGAUAUGCCUCCAAGAUUUAUUGAGAAAGUUGAUUUAUCAUUUAAAAUUGAUGAAUCAAUUAUCAAUCAAGAUGAAGCACAAGCUACAUAUAAUCAAAUGAAACAAAUUACUAAAGAUUUUCGUAUACAAGCAAUGACAUUAUAUGUUCAGUCAUUAGCUCGAGAAAAUGAAUUAUUGACAGAUGAAAUUAAACGUAUUAUUACAGGCUUCCCUCAAGAUAAUGAUGAGGGAUUUGAUGCUGAACCUGGUUAUGCACCAUUUAAACAUUAUCAUGAUUUACGUGAAAAACGAUUAAAAUUAGAAGCUGAACAAUCGAUUUAUUUUUUAGUCCAAGAGAGAGUCGAGGGCGAAACAAACGAAGUUAUUACCCCGACUCUGGUUCGAUCGCUGGGCAAGGACUUCUUGCUCCAGCCAUAA